CCUUCACGUUAACGGAAAAUUCCGCUUCUCCCUCUGUUUGUAAACUCUCCAUGAACGGCGAACAGUCCGUUCAAAAUCUCCGACGCAACUCACCGGAUUCCACAAGAUACAGAAGAAUUUGCGCACAUAAGCACGACUGUAUUAGGAAAGAACUGAUCGUAGACUUCGAUGGCUCCUGCUGUUCCUAGAUCUGGAGAUGCGAUUUUCGCUAAUGUUGAGCGUGUGAACUCUGAGUUGUUCACUCUGACGUAUGGAGCGAUCGUUCGACAAUUGCUUACGGAUCUGGAGGAGGUUGAGGAAGUCAAUAAGCAGCUCGAUCAAAUGGGUUAUAAUAUUGGGAUCCGUCUGAUUGAUGAGUUCCUUGCAAAAUCUAAUGUCACUAGAUGUGUUAAUUUUAGGGAGACAGUUGAAGUCAUCGCAAAGGUUGGGUUCAAAAUGUUUUUAGGGGUGACUGCAUCUGUGACUAACUGGGAUUCAGAAGGAACGUCUUGUAGCCUCAUUUUGGAGGAUAAUCCGCUCAUAGAUUUUGUUGAGCUUCCAGAUACUUGUCAAGGUUUAUAUUACUGCAACAUUCUAAGCGGAGUAGUCAGAGGAGCUCUAGAAAUGGUGUCAAUGAAGACUGAAAUCACAUGGGUGCGUGAUAUGCUUAAAGGAGAUGAUGCAUUUGAGUUAAAGGUAAAGCUCGUGAAGCAAGUUCCAGAAGAGUAUCCCUACAAAGAUGACGAGUAAACAUGUUUUAGUUUUUUAACUUUUUAUUAAAUAAUGAUUUAUGUAUAUACAGUU